GCCACCGGAAGCGGAAGCGGAAGCAGCUUCCCGACCAGGAAGCCUGGGAAAUAUAGUCUUAUUAGGCUCGCUAGGCUGCGGGGUUGGCGCUCGGGGUGACUGUCAUCCCUGCGGUGCUCCCUCAGCCUCCCCGUGCCAGGCCAGCCUUCUGGACCCCGGCUCUCCUUCAGGCCCGCGACAGAGCGCGCUCGGGCUCCGGCAUGCGCAAUGGUGUGGUGAAGGACUUAGGUCGAGUGUGCUUGGGAUGCACUGAGCUGUGCACACGGCGUGAGAACCUGGCUCGCCCUGAGCGCUAACCUGAGCCAUGUCCAGGCCAUCCCUCAUCGAGUUUACGCCAGCUGCUGACUCCAGUGACCUGUGGAAGGAUGGGCAGCAGCAGCCGCAGCCUGAGGAACCAGAGCCCGUCCUGGAUGGAGCUGCAGCCCGGGCUUUCUAUGAGGCUCUAAUUGCAGACGACAGUAGCUCCUCUAAGCCCCAGAGAGCUGAACCUACCAGGGGGAGAAAGAGGAAGAGAAGAGUGAUGAGGGAGCCUGCAGCAACAGGAGUCCCAAGACAAGGAAGUCCACUUGAGGAUGAAGACAAGAUGACACGGUGGAUCCUGCUGGCAGCCCAGAAUGGGGAUCUGACAGAACUUCGGAGGCUGCUGGAACCCCAAGAGGCAGGGGGAGCUGGAGGGAAUAUCAAUGCUCGCGAUGCCUUCUGGUGGACUCCCUUGAUGUGUGCUGCCCGAGCGGGCCAGGGUGCUGCUGUGCGCUAUCUCCUGGGCCGAGGGGCUGCCUGGGUAGGAGUGUGUGAGCUGGGAGGCAGAGAUGCUGCUCAGCUGGCUGAAGAAGCAGGCUUUCCUGAGGUAGCCCGCAUGGUCAGAGAGAGUCACGGAGAGACAAGGAGCCCGGAGAGCCGGAACCGAUCUCCCCCCUCCUCCUCCCAGUUCUGUGAGGACUGUGGUGCCCACUUUGAAGACUCCAACCACCGCACAUCUACUGCUCACUUGCUGUCACUGUCUAGGGGACCCCAGCCCUCCAACCUUCCCCUUGGUGUGCCCACUUCCAGUCCUGGCUUCAGGCUGCUGCUGAGGGGUGGCUGGGAACCAGGAAUGGGGCUAGGACCACGGGGUGAAGGCCGGGCCAACCCUAUUCCCACUGUCCUCAAGAGGGACCAGGAAGGACUGGGCUAUAGAUCCCCACCCCAACCCCGAGUCACACACUUUGCAGCUCGGGAUACCCGGGCUGUGUCUGGGAGAGAGAGAGUACCUCGAGUUGCCACGCUGAGUCAGAGGGAGAGCAGAAGGCGAGAGGAGAAGGACAGAGUCUGGGAGCGAAAUCUAAGACUAUACAUGAACCUCAACUUCUGACUGAUACCGACUGGUCCUGGUCUGGCACUCGCUGGACUUAGGCCUCUGACUUGGACACUUGGACUUCCAGACCCGUAGGCCUUGGCUGUUGGGCUCUGCUUUUAGAGAGAAGGGCUGAGCUGGGAGAUAAAUAAACUUCCUUUCUUGUG